AUGACUAAUAAUCUCCCAAACAGGUCCUCUUCUUUAAGGGAUUUGGUAGGCAGAAAAUAUCUCCAUCUGAGGAAACACCCUCUGCUCAGUGGAGAUGGAGACCAAGCCAGGGACGUGCUGUUUCUUUUUAAUGGAAUGGAGAAGAUGCAACUGGACUUCCGGAUUGGAGCAUCUGAGCUUUGCAGUGACCCUAAUGAGCCUCUACCUCCAGGCGUGGUUCUAGUGAACCUGCUGAGAAAAUAUCUACUGCCUGAGGCCAGUAUCUUGGUUACCACCAGACUGUCGGCUCUGGACUGGAUCCCUCACAAGUAUGUGAGUCGUUACAUUCAGAUUUGUGGCUUCAAUGAUCCAGACCGUCAGCGUGCAUACUUCACCAGCCGCCUACUGCAGCAGAGUGGAGAGGAUGCACACAACCAAGAAGCCCAAGCAAUGAUAGAGCUACUUUACCUCAACCUGCAGAGAGAAAGCCAACUGGCUGCUGCUUGUUUCCUCCCAUCUUACUGCUGGCUCACAUGUGCUACUCUUCACUUUCUUCAUUUCACCAGUGCUCAGGCGCCUAUCCGCACACUAACAGGCAUAUAUACCAGUUUUUUAAGGUUGAAUUUUGGAGGUGAGGUGCUGGGCACAAAAACAGGGACUGGUGCAUCCAUGCAGGAUAACCAGACUUCUCUGAUGAUGUACGUUGUCCGUACCGUUGGUAAACUUGCAUUUGACGGUGUGAUGCACAAACGCACAUCCUUCUCAGAAAGGGAGUUGGAGCAGUGGAUAGGUGGGAAGACCAAGACAGAUGAGGAGCUUCAUCAGCAGGCCAUGUUCCAGACAGAUGUACUGGACUUCUUUUUGGCUCCUUGUGUCAAGAGUAAACGGUAUUUACCAAAAGAGAUAAGUGAGAAUGAUGAGAGGCGCUACGUUUUUGCUGUCCCAGCCAUGCAAGAGUACCUCGCAGCUCUCUAUGUAGUUUUAGGAGAAAACAAAUCAGCUUUGGAGAAGCUAACCAGUCAACUGUCGGUGGUCAUUGGUCAGGCCAGUGAAGACGUCGGUGCCAUUGUUAGCAUCUUUUCUAAAUUAAUCCCUUUCCGGCUCUUUGCUGUUUUCAACCUACUGAAGCUUUUUCCAAAGCUUUACGAGAAAAUACGAAAUCAGAACAAAGGGAAAAUUGCCAGAACCAUGACAGCUGAAAUGUUCCGCUCGGAGGACAGCUAUAAUGAGGAUGUCCUGGAUCAAGUGGAGCAAAGCCUUUUGGGAGUCCAUGGCCCACAGCCGCAGCAAUAUGAUGACAGCAAGCCUUUUGAGCUUUACCCCAUCUUUAUGGGUGGACUGUUGCAUUAUGGGAAUCGUGUGCUUCUCCAGCAACUUGACUGCAACAUUCAGAGCACAACUGUUGUCCAGAUCACUCAGGCCCUUCGCAAGUACUUGUGCUCUCUGUCUGAUUCAUAUAUGGAUGUAAGGACGCUGUCAGAAGCGCUAAUGCAUUCUCCAAGCAAAAUGUAA